UUUUUUUGCUAAAAUGUGAUUUUUUUGUUAAAAAUAAAUAAGACCGGUGCGGUCAGGUUCAGAGAUACAAGUACUUACUAUAGGAACUGCCAUAUGCACGAUAAACCGCAAUUUAGCAGAAAUUCCGAGGACAUAAAGGAAGUAUGUUCAAGAACUUCAGCCUUCAGAUGCCCCAAUUCCACUGACAACAUUUAUAUGGUACAAUGUUAAAAUGGAUGGAUGGACAUGGAUGACGACAGAAGUUAGGUUUAUAAUAAUGCUGUGUGGGAAAUAUUAAAAAAAAUACAUCAUUAGUAAUGUGUUUAAUAUUCUUUUCAUUAUCUAAUUUUUGGGGUUGAUGUUUUAGUAUUGUUUUUGAGUAUUUUAAUUCAAAUUAGAAUGACUUGAUAUCUUAAACUGCUGAACUGUGCUGUCAGAUUUAAAUUUUUGCCUUGUUAGCAUUGCAACUCGUUGUCUAAGAGAGAAUGGAUUCAACUAAUGAUGAUAAUGAGGGAAAUUUACUUGCUCCUUUACAAACUGUAUUGAGUUUGUGGUGGAAUGGGCAUUUGAAGGAAUUUAGAGAGAUUUGGUGGUGGGUGUUUCUAUGGGCACUUUUUUCAUCAAUAUUUGCCCAUGCGUUUGCUUUUCUGAUCAGUUUUUGCACGCUUCAUAAACAUAAACAAGGACGCUGGUAUUGUCUGUCAAUAGUUAUCAUGGGAUUCUUUACACCACUUACCGAAGGGGUUAUAUCAAGUGCUCUCAUAGCCGGUGUAUAUGUCUCACUUGGGUGGACAAUGGUGCCCAAAUUUGCAUUGGUUUGGGGUGCCGGACAAACUGCUGCUGUGAUUGCACUUUCCUGGACAAGACUGUUGUCAACUCUCUAACAUUACUGAAACUUGGUGAUAAUGCGAUUUUCGAGCAAAGACCAAAUUUCGCACAGUUUUGGAAAAUGCUUCACAAACCCUGCUAAAUUUUUGGCAUUUGGUCUGCUGCAUAGCAUUUGCAACAAUUGGGCACUGAACAGUUUCCCAGGAACUCAACUUACUAUGUGUGUUUUGAUCUGCUUAACUUGUGUAACUUAACAAUAUUUUAAUCAACUGGCUUAAAUCGAAUCGAGAAGACUAUAGUUAUUUUAUCUGUGAUAUUCGAUACAUCUAUGCAAUCUUGUUAGUUUUGACUGGUUUGAGGAAUGCUCUGUAUGCAGUGGUGGGAUUCAAAUUUUUUGUCAGCUGGUUCUUUCACAAAAGUCAUAUUUUCCAGCCGGUUCUGUUACGAACAGAACAUUGACAGUAGCCAGUAAUGCUAACCGGUUCGCUGUUCUCAUAAAAUUUCUUGAGACGGAUCUAUAGAACGGGUGUGAACCGGCUGAAUCCCACUGUCUGUAUGUGUAACUAUUAACUACACUUAUUUGUAGAAUUGAGUUCAAAUGAGAGGUGAGGAGUAAACUAUACUCCCAACAGUAAAAUUUCAAACCAGCACACUUUGAAUAUUGAUUCAUGAUUUGUGUCAUUUAUUUAUUUCAACUAUCAGAUUCAGCAUUCACAACUUUUUUAUUAUAUAUGUAUCACUCACUGUUUUGUUUACAAUGAAAAGUUUGGUGUAACGUUU